GUUGCCAUACUGAGCCCGCCGCCGCUGUUUGCUUCAUCUUCUUGUGCGCCCGCGCGCGUCUUUUUCCCCCCCGCUCUCCCUCCCGCUUGGUGUUCUAACCACCAGACGCCGACCUAGCACAGGAGAAGAGAUGGCGGCGGUAGCGGGUGAAGCCGUAGCGGGAAGAGCGCGAGACGCCCGGAAGCCUGAAGAGACGUCGCGAGGACGCCUUCUCGAGCUGUAACCGUCCUUCUUCCCACCCCCGUCCCGUCAGUUCGCUAGAAAGAUAGAGCUGCCCCCUUCCCCCCGAUCUCCCUUCAACCUGUGAGGGGGCAAAAACGGCCCGCCGGGAAGGUUCCGGCUGUUAUUAUGCCCGGCUCCUCCGUUCGUUUCCAGAGCGCCCCCGCCGCUCGGGGCUGAUGCUGGGAUCCCUUCUGGGUUCCGGACGCCGUUUCUGCCUCCGGGCUGCUCCGCAGACAUGUAUUUCCUCAGCGGGUGGCCGAAGAGGCUGCUGUGCCCCGUGGAGGCUCAGGAGCCUCCGCUCUUUAUUCAUGCGGACCCGCAAAGGACUUUGUUCGCCGUGUUGUCCCCGUCUCAGCUCAGCAUCUGGUACAACAGGCCCAGUGUGUUAAUUGUAAGCUACAAAGAAUCUCCGAAAGCAGCAUUGCAGUUUGGAUGCUAUGAUCAAGCGGAAUGGAGACCUGACAGCACUAUGAUAGCAGUUUCGACUGCAAGUGGAUACAUCCUGUUUUUUAAUCUUCCAUCAGCAAGAGACAAGUAUCUUUAUGAGCCAAUUUAUCCCAAAGGAAGCCCUCAUAUGAAGGGGACACCACAUUAUAAGGAAGAACAGUGUGCUCCAUCAUUAAAUCUAGAGAAGAAGCAAGUGCUAGAUUUGCAAGCAUCUAUAACCAGUUUACAGUCCAUGUUGGAGGAUCUACUUGUUGCUACUGCCGAUGGUCUGCUCCACCUUAUUCACUGGGAUGGCAUGACAAAUGGAAGGAAAGCCAUAAACCUAUGUACAGUACCAUUUUCUGUGGAUCUGCAUUCUUCUAGAGGUUCAUUUUUGGGAUUUGAGGAUGUGCACAUAAGAGAGAUGGAAUACUGUGCUACUCUCGAUGGGUUUGCUGUUGUGUUUAAUGAUGGCAGAGUUGGUUUUAUUACACCAAUGUCAAGUGGAUUCACAGCAGAGCAGCUCCAUGGCAUUUGGGCUCAAGAUAUUUUGGAUGGAAUCUGUGUGGCAGUAAACAACAAAUACAGAUUAAUGGCGUUUGGAUGUGCAAAUGGUUCGGUGCAAGUUUAUACGAUUGAUCAUUCUACUGGCGCCAUGCAGCUAUCUCAUAAACUGGAGCUCACACCUAAACAAUACCCUGAUAUUUGGAACAAAACAGGAGCUGUUAAACUAAUCAGAUGGUCUCCUGAUAGUUGUGUUGUUAUGGUGACCUGGGAAUGUGGAGGCCUUUCAUUAUGGAGUGUAUUUGGUGCCCAGCUUAUCUGUACCCUAGGAGGAGACUUUGCUCAUCGACCUGAUGGUACAAAAAAAGACCCUUUAAAGAUCAACUCUAUGAGUUGGGGAUCAGAAGGUUAUCAUCUGUGGGUAAUUGAUGCAAACAACUCUGGGAAUUCAGUGGCUGAGAGCAAGUGCAAAAAUAAAUCCCAGCAUUUUGGUAUUUUGCAAUUUCAGUUUAUCAAGAGUGCACUCACAGUUAAUCCUUGCAUAAGCAACCAGGAGCAGGUCCUCCUUCAGGGAGAAGAUCGCUUGUACUUGAACUGUGGUGAUGCAGUACAAGCUCAGAAUCCAAGGAGUUCCUCAGCCCACUCUGAACCGAAGCCUCUUAGAGAAAGAAACCAGCUCUCAGAUGGGAGCUUAGAUUCUCAGGGCUUAAGCACUUUAUUAGGGCACAGGCACUGGCAUGUUGUGCAGAUUCACAGUACCUAUUUAGAGAUCAACUGGCCAAUAAGGUUUACAGCCAUUGAUAAGAUGGGGCAGAAUGUAGCUGUAGUUGGCAAGUUUGGUUUUGCACAUUAUUCUUUGCUUUCCAAAAAAUGGAAACUCUUUGGAAACAUUACCCAGGAACAAAAUAUGACUGUGACUGGUGGCUUAGCAUGGUGGAACGAUUUCAUUGUUAUUGCAUGUUAUAACUUAAGUGACCGCCAAGAAGAGCUAAGAGUAUAUUUGCGAACAGCCAAUUUGGACAACGCAUUUGCUCAUAUCACCAAAGUUCAGGCAGAAACAUUAUUGCUCAGUGUCUUUCGGGACAUAAUCAUUUUGUUCAGAGCAGACUGUUCUAUUUGCCUUUAUAGUAUUAAAAGAAAAUCUGAUGGUCCUAACCCUACAACCAGUAUUCAGGUUCUUCAGGAGGUUUCUAUGUCACGUUAUAUUCCUCAUCCAUUCCUUGUUGUGUCUGUUACUUUGACAUCUGUGAGAACAGAGACUGGCAUCAGCUUGAAAAUGCCACAGCAGGCCUGUGAAGCAGAGAGUAUUAUGUUAAACCUAGCAGGACAGUUAAUUAUGGUGCAAAGGGAUCGAUCUGGUCCACAGAUAAGAGAAAAGGACAGUAGUCCCAACCAAAGGAAACUUCUGCCAUUUUGUGCUCCAGUUGUACUUGCCCAGUCAGUUGAAAAUGUUUGGACUACAUCCCGUUCUAACAAACACAAACGUCACUUGCUGGAGGCCCUGUGGCUCAGCUGUGGGGGAUCAGGUAUGAAAGUCUGGCUUCCUUUGUUUCCCAGGGACCACCGCAAACCACAUUCCUUUCUGUCAAGACGGAUCAUGCUGCCUUUCCACAUUAACAUAUACCCCUUGGCCGUUCUGUUCGAAGAUGCCUUGGUUCUUGGUGCUGUCAAUGACACUGUGCUCUACGACUGUUUAUACACUCACAGCAGCGCUAUAGAACAUUUAGAGGUUCUCUUCCCUUUCUGUAUUGUUGAGAGAACAUCUCAGAUCUACCUCCAUCACAUUUUGCGCCAGCUUUUGAUGAGGAACCUAGGCGAGCAAGCCUUGCUUCUGGCUCAGUCCUGUGCCACGUUACCGUAUUUUCCUCAUGUGCUAGAACUGAUGCUUCAUGAAGUGCUGGAAGAAGAAGCUACCUCACGGGAUCCCAUCCCUGACCCUCUACUUCCCACUGUGGCUAAAUUCAUUACAGAGUUCCCCCUCUUCCUGCAGACAGUUGUUCAUUGUGCUAGGAAGACAGAAUAUGCCCUGUGGAAUUACCUCUUUGCUGCUGUUGGAAAUCCAAAAGACUUGUUUGAAGAGUGCUUAAUGGCCCAGGACUUAGACACUGCUGCUUCUUACCUUAUCAUUCUGCAGAACAUGGAAGUUCCAGCAGUUAGUAGGCAGCAUGCAACCUUGCUAUUCAAUACUGCUUUGGAGCAGGGAAAGUGGGAUCUUUGUCGGCACAUGAUCAGAUUCCUAAAAGCCAUUGGCUCUGGUGAAUCGGAGACACCUCCUCCUACGCCAACUACUCAGGAACCGACUUCAAGUGGUGGCUUUGAGUUUUUCAGGCAUCGCAGCAUUAGUUUGUCCCAGUCCGGAGAAGGCCUUCCAGCUGGCAAGUUUAACUUGCAAAAAACCUUAAGCAUGCCAUCUGGUCCAUCUGGAAAAAGGUGGAGUAAGGACAGUGACUGUGCUGAGAACAUGUACAUCGAUAUGAUGCUGUGGCGACACGCUCGACGCCUUCUAGAAGAAAUCCGGCUUAAGGACCUUGGUUGUUUUGCUGCGCAGCUGGGCUUUGAGCUGAUUGGCUGGUUGUGUAAGGAGCGCUCCAGAGCUGCUCGUGUGGAGGACUUUGUCACUGCUUUGAAACAAAUGCACAAAGAUUUUCUCUGGCCCUUUCCAGUUAUUCCAGUUUGCUCCAUCAGUUCACCUCUCAAGAAUGGAAAGUACCGGACAGUUAUAGGUGAACCACUGUUAAAGUCACAGUCUGCUGACAACUUUUUGAACAUGGAAAUGGAGACUGGCAUUCCCAAUAUGCCAAGAAGUCACACCUGGCUUGGUGCCAUCAGUUCUUCCCAAAGAGAGAUGGAUGCUGCAUCAUCCCAUGGUCCUCACAUGCAAGAGGCAUUUCUCUCACCUCUAUUAAACAAAGGUGAUGAAUGCAGUAUUGGUUCAGCAACAGAUCUGACAGAAACCAGUUCUAUAGUGGAUGGCGACUGGACUAUGGUGGAUGAAAACUUCUCCACUCUAAGCUUAACACAGUCAGAGUUGGAACAUAUCUCUUUGGAGCUUGCCAGUAAAGGGCCACACAGAUCACAGGUUCAGCUGCGGUAUUUGCUUCAUAUUUUUAUGGAAGCAGGAUGUCUGGACUGGUGCAUUAUUAUAGGUCUUAUUCUCCGGGAAACUUCAAUAAUCAACCAAGUUUUUAGUCUAAUUCAGUCUUCAGAGGUUGACAGGGAGAUGUUGCAGAAUAUUAAGACAGGGUUACAGGCAGUAGACAGAUGGACUUCUACAGACUGCCCAGGUUAUAAGCCAUUUUUAACCAUCAUCAAGCCACAGCUCCAAAAGCUGAGUGAGCUAGCUGAGGAACAAGUGCAACCAGAAGCCUUUCAGCCUGUGAACCUGUCAAGGGCGACUGAACAAGCCAGUACAAGGACAGAAGACAACCGAAGCUCCGCUAGCCACAGUGCCAGUCCCCAGAGCGACACCAGCAGCAGCGCCACAAUCCGGCACGAGGAGGACAUGAUUGGACUAGAGGAGGAAGAGAAUCCACUCCAGGAAGGCAGUUAUGACUGCACUGUGUCCUAACAGCUUUGAAACUGUUGGUGGAUCAUAUUAAUAAGAGCACAGAUGCAUAAUAAUGCCAUUUAUAAGAUUGCUACUUUUGGAAGAAAGCGAUCAGAACCUUCAGUACUAUUUGUUUUUAAUGUUAAUGUUGGAUUUUUACAUGCAUUUACCAGAGAACUUGCUUAAAACUGUGAAUGUCUCCCAACAAGUAGUCAAGGGUCUUUCACUUAAGAAAUCAUUAUAUGGAGAGUAAUGACAUUGUAGUUUGCAUGCCAAGAUAUAGUUUGAAGAUCUUGUUAUUCAGACUACUCCCCUCUGUUCUUCAGAAAUCUCCUCAUGUUUAGGGUUCUUGAUCAUGCAAAAGGAUAUCUGUAACAGUGCACCAAAUCAUUGUUGGGUUCCUUUGGAAUGCAAGGGAAGGUUCUAAAUGGAUCAUUUCCCCUCGGAAAAUGAGGCAAUACUUAGAGGAAUAUUUAUCAGAUUUUCAACUUGCUGGGUUUUUGGAUCCAAGCUUUUAAAAAUUUAACAUAGAAACUAGUUAGGAUGAAAACUGGUACAUUUUGUCUAGUUUGAUUACCCUGAAGGAAUGAUGGCUGGAUUGAAUAAGGCUCUGUGUUCUCUAGAUUAUGUUGUUUGAUACCACUAAGCCUUUUCUAUUAAAGAAAUGUAAAAUACAUUGUACUUUUGUGAAUACGCCUGUAUAAUAUUUUCAAGGUUGCUGUUUAUGCUUUUGGUUCUUGUACUACAAUGGAGGGCACCUCCCUCCGCAAAUCAUGCAUGUUUGUUACCUUCAACUCCAGGGAAACGAAAAGCGAAGUUGCACUUCCAUCAGGAUGUGGCCCACUUUCAGCAGUUCUUCAUGAGAGUAAUUUCUGUUUCUCAGGCUUUAUUUUGUCAUUGGCCUAUUCAUAUUUUAAACAAAAGGAGUUAAAUUACUGAAGAUUCUUAUUUAUUUCACUUGUAAAUUCUUUUAUCAAAACUAGUUUUUAUGUAAAUACCACCUUACAUUCUACUGCCAUUGAGGCUUCAUAACAACAAUGUACAGUGUAUAUACUUAAACUGCCACCUUGCAAAUAUUUUAUAAUGCAUAUACAUAUAACUAAUUACAAAUGUUUAUUUUAACUUUCAUACAAUGAUGUUAUGAAAAGCUGGCUGCAGCAGUGUCUCACAGUUGCUUUGAGGUACUUAUUUUCUCUCUCUUAUGUCCCUGCUGUGUAAUAUUAAAUACCUGUAACAGUAUUAAAAAUUUAGACAUUGGCUGGUUUGUAUUGUGCAGUUGGGGAAAUACAACACUCCUAAUUUUUAUACAAAAACUAACACUUAUUUUUAUAAUGUGGAUGUUAUGAAUAGUGACAUGGACCAAGAUCACUUAGGCAGGCAUAUGUGCAUCACUGUCAGCAGCCCUGGUAUAGUUGAUCAGUUUGUUCAUGCAGUUCUCUGUAUGAAUUCUGAACAUGCAAGAUGGGGCAAAAUAUUACUGGUUACCAUUUUGUGUAUUUGUCUAGAGGACAAGAUUGUCUUACAGUGGAUAAUGUAACUGGAUACAUUUGCUGUCGCUUACGUAGCUCUUACUGUUGAUAAGACCAUUAGUACUGGUACAUGUGCAAUAACUUUUAAAUAAAAUGACAGAGGGUGGAAAUUACCUAGCAUUCCAUACUUGUUAGUCGACAUGAUGCUUUGUGUUUUACUAUGAGUAUUUUUUUCCUUCCAAAAGAUGCAUUAAAUCAAUUUUAUACUGUG